GCCACCUCCCGCGCAGCUCCUGCCCCCGCGGGUGGGCGGGGCGCGGGCAGAGGAGGAGCCUGGGAGCGAGCCACCGCCUCCGCCUCGGACCUGCAGCCGCUGCCGCUGCACGGAGCGGCGGGCCGCGGAGCCACCAAAAUGUCAGGAGAGAUGGACAAGCCACUGAUCAGCCGCUGCGUGGUGGACAGUGACGGCAGCCUCGCGGAGGCCCCCAGCAAGGCCCCCAAAGUGGGCAUUCUGGGCAGUGGGGACUUUGCCCGCUCCCUGGCCACACGCCUUAUAGGCUCUGGCUUCAGCGUGGUGGUGGGAAGCCGUAAUCCCAAGCGCACAGCCGGGCUGUUCCCCUCCUCAGCCCAGGUGACUCUGAGGGAGGAGGCCGUGAGCUCCCCAGAAGUCAUCUUCCUGGCUGUGUUCCGGGAGCACUACUCCUCGCUGUGUGAUCUCAGUGACCAGUUAGUCGGCAAGAUCCUGGUGGACGUGAGCAAUCCCACGGAGCAGGAGCACCUCCAGCAUCGUGAGUCCAACGCCGAAUACCUGGCCUCUCUCUUCCCCACCUGCACGGUGGUCAAGGCCUUCAACGUCAUCUCCGCCUGGACCCUGCAGGCUGGCCCGAGGGAUGGGAACAGGCAGGUGCCCAUCUGUAGUGACCAGCCAGAAGCCAAACGUACCAUCUCAGAGAUGGUGCACGCCAUGGGCUUCAUGCCUGUGGACAUGGGAUCCCUGGCAUCAGCCCGGGAGGUAGAGGCCAUGCCCUUGCGCCUCCUCCCAAGCUGGAAGGUGCCCACCCUCCUGGCCCUGGGGCUCUUUGUCUGCUUCUAUGCCUACAACUUCGUCCGCGACGUGCUGCACCCCUAUGUGCAAAAGGGCAAGAACAAGUUCUACAAGCUGCCCGUGUCUGUGGUCAACACCACGCUGCCCUGUGUGGCCUACGUGCUCUUGUCCCUGGUCUACCUGCCUGGCGUGCUGGCAGCCGCUCUGCAGCUGCGACGAGGCACCAAAUACCGCCGCUUCCCCGACUGGUUGGACCACUGGCUGCAGCACCGCAAGCAGAUUGGGCUGCUCAGCUUCUACUGCGCGGCUCUGCACGCCGUCUACAGCUUCUGCCUGCCUCUGCUGCGCUCCUCCCGCUACGAGCUGGUCAACCUGGCUGUCGAGCAGGUAGCCAACAAGAGCCACCUCUGGGUGGAGGAGGAAGUCUGGCGAAUGGAGAUAUACGUCUCCCUGGGAGUGCUGGCCCUCGGCACGCUGUCCCUGCUGGCCGUCACCUCUCUGCCGUCCAUCGCAAACUCGCUCAACUGGAGGGAGUUCAGCUUUGUACAGUCCACGCUGGGCUUCGUGGCCCUGGUGCUGACCACGCUGCACACACUCACCUACGGCUGGACCCGCGCCUUCGAGGAGAACCGCUACAAGUUCUACCUGCCGCCCACCUUCACACUCACGCUGCUGGUCCCCUGCGUCAUCAUCCUGGCCAAAGGCCUCUUCCUCCUCCCCUGUUUCAGCCGAAGACUUGCCAAGAUCCGCAGGGGCUGGGAGAAGGAUGGCGCCAUCAAGUUUGUGCUACCCACAGACACAUCCUGGUGGAGAAGACGAGCCACGUGUGAGGUGCCUGCUUCAGCUCCAGAGGUGCGGGCGGGUCGGCAGCCUGAGCCCUGUUCGGGUUUUCUUUUCUGGAUGGAGCAAUGUGGAGUGUCCACGCACAAAGCGGUGGUUUGAGGUUGGAAUUCCUGGGACGCAACUGUGUGCAGUAAUAUUCAGAAUGACACACGUGUGCGCGUCAUAGAUGUACGUGUAUUUUACAUAUCUAACAGGACUUCCCAUUAUAUUUACUUAGCUUAAAAAAAAAAAUUGGGUCCCUGAGAUUUCAACUUGUAGCUAAAAGCAAGUGCCAGAUGUUAAAUAGCAAGAUCAUGCUAUUGUGACCUUUGCGGAGAUAUACCCACUUUUUGUACAGAAGAGGCUUUGGCCUUGGUGAGUACCGGCCUUUAUCCUCUACCCUAGUCCCCCUUCAGCUCUCCCAAGGCUCAUGCGGAGCUGAGACUCAUAAGCGGCAGGGAGACAACAGCUCUACCUGCAACCUAAGGGCACCUGGAGAUGAGGAGAUGUCAGUGGGCAGGGGUUGUGGUCCCUUCUCUUCUCCCCUGGUCAGUGGUGGGAAGGGUGGGAGCCAAAUUAAGGUCCACCCAUUUGGCGUAGGGUGGGGGUUGCUUUGGGGCUGAAGCUGCUGCACCUGGUUCUCACUGAGCCAGGGAGAUUUUUUUCCCCCUUGAAAGUUGGGAGUCACCAGGAGCCUGCAAAUGGAUCCUCCUGUGAGGGUGUGAAGGCACUUCUUUGUGGAGCCAUUAAUGAACUGUCUUCCGAGCAACUGUAAUUGCUUUCUCUCCAUUAAGUAGGUGGUGACCGUUCUUUAAACCACUGUGCCUUCUCACCUUUUCAUUGUUACUCUGAAUGUCUCCCUGGAAGGCUUAGAGUAGACCCUUUACAGAUCAGUCGGUAGGAAGGGGACACACACCUGCUUACUGAGUAUCAUGGCUGAGCCUCUUCUUGGACCUGCCUUCAAGGCUGAAGGACUGUCUUCAUUAAGUUGGCUCUGUGGAAAAAUAAUGGGGCACCUUCACACGUCCUCCAUUGAGAGGCAGAGAAACUGCCUUCCUUCCCAGCACCCUGAAAAUCACAGUGGCUCCUGGUUCCCCCUCAUGGGGUACAGUAGUCUCCUCUUAUCCACGGUUUCAUGGUCCUUAUUUUCAGUUCUCCAUGGUUAACUGCAGUCUGAAAAUAUGAAUACUUGUCUUGACUUUUAAUAGAGAGACCACACAUUUUUUUACAGUAUGUUUUUAUUUCUGUCCAUCUCUUCCUGUGCCUAAUUUAUUAAUUAAACCUUAUCACAGGAAUGUAUGCAUAUGAAAGAAUGUUCAUAUAGAGUCCAUACCAUCCGAGGUUUCAGGCAUCCACUGGGGGUUGGGAUGUCCUAUAAGUAUCCCUGAGGAUAAGAGGGGACUACUGUAUCAUGUUUCAGAACAGCUAAGAGGGACUUUUCCAUUAAAGUUACCACUCUAAAACACUGCUGCCCCAAAGCACAAGAGGCCAGACCACAGCCGGGGUCACAGAACAUCUGUCCCCUAGUCCCAUGCCACCCAUCACUGAUUCAGUCUAAAACUGGUUUGCUCUCUAUUGAUAAACAGCUGUUUUCUGUUGAGUCUCCCCUACGGCCCUGCCUCCCCCGGUUAGAAUGAUCAGCCACCAAAAAGUCAUCUCUGAACCCAAAGAUCACAGAGGGCUCCCGGACCAGGAGGCAUGUUUUGACGAAGCCAAGAGAGUAGGGCCUUCAGAGGCCAACAGAGUGUGUGAGAUGCCCCUGCCAGCCCCCAGAGGCUUCACGUACUAAUGUCUACAGACUGCAUUAGGGUCCUUAAGUGAUAAGGAAUAAAAACUCAGUGUAGGAGCCUCUCAUUAGGCCUGUGGCUGCUGGAGGAGGGCUGUGUGUGUGUGUGGGGGGGGGGGGGUCUGUUUUCUAAGGUGCUUCCCCAGGCUGGAGGCAGAAGCGUGUCACAUAAAUUGGUCCUGAUAGAGUGCCAGCAACGGCCUAUGAGAGGUUCACCUGAAGGCGGAUGAGCAGAGAUUGGCAUUUGCUUGGCACAGGGAGGGCCUGUGGUCUCCCUGCUAAUAAGAAACAGGGAAAACACUGGCACAUGAACCUCCCACGAUCCCAGCCCCAGUGGGUGUCAGCCGUUCCUUCUCCAUCGCUCCCUGGCUGGGGUGCUUCCUUACACCAAAGAGGAUGACACCAAACAAAGUCCUUCAGAGCAGAAAUGGUCCCAAGGUGGGUGACAGGAGGAAACAGGCGUCCUUGUCAUCUGCCAACCAGACAAUCAGCUAGUGAAGGGGCCCUGGGCUUGGCCCUGACCCGUAUCUACUGCUGUUCCUCCCUACCUCACUAGGCAAGAGAGCCGGUCACUCCCUGCGGCCUGGGAAAGUCUAUGUGCCUCGGUACAAAAGUGCCUCCACCCACGUGCUCUGGAAAUCCUAAAUGCUGUGGUCCGAGGUGGAUGUUUAAUGAUUAUGCCAUUCAGCCUCUGUGUUUUGUUUUUACUGUAUAGAGCUUGUCUUAAGCAACAUAAAUAAAUAUCUAACCUUCCAAGAA